AUAACCUAAAAAUUUGAAUUUGGUUUGGGCAGAUUCUGAUGCUGUGAAAUAAGCCGUUAAAUAUUUUCGAAAUGGUUGUAGCAAUAGGUUUUGAAGGCAGUGCCAAUAAACUAGGAAUAGGAAUUCUGAAAGAUAAUGAGAUACUUGCUAAUUGUCGAAGAACCUACAUAUCUCCUCCAGGAAUGGGAUUUUUACCUAAAGAAACUUCACUUCAUCAUAGAAAAAAUGUACUAAGUUUACUUGAGGAGGUAUUAAAUAAAUCUGGAAUAAAGCCCGAGGAAAUAGAUGUGGUUUGUUACACGAAAGGUCCUGGAAUGGGCGCCCCGCUCGCCAGUGUCGCCAUUGUAGCACGCACUGUUGCCCAAAUUUGGAAUAAGCCCUUACUUGGGGUAAAUCAUUGUAUUGGUCAUAUUGAGAUGGGACGUUUCAUCACUGGAGCAGAUAAUCCAAUUUUAUUAUAUGUAAGUGGGGGAAAUACACAAAUAAUAGCAUAUUCAAGGAAAAAGUAUAGAAUAUUUGGAGAAACCAUUGACAUAGCAGUUGGGAACUGUCUAGAUAGGUUUGCAAGAGUACUGAAGUUAUCCAAUGAUCCUAGUCCUGGUUACAAUAUAGAAUGUUUAGCAAAAAAAGGAUCUAAAUAUCUUCCCUUACCUUACUGUGUUAAAGGUAUGGAUGUAAGUUUUUCUGGUAUAUUGACAUACAUAGAAGAGAAAUCAAAGAAAUUACUGAAUGAAGGUUAUACACCAGAGGAUUUGUGCUAUUCUUUACAAGAAACAGUAUUUGCAAUGUUAGUAGAAACAACAGAGAGGGCUAUGGCACAUGUUGGCUCAAAUGAAGUUCUUAUUGUUGGAGGAGUUGGCUGCAAUUUAAGGUUGCAAAAGAUGAUGGAGAUAAUGUGCGAAGAAAGAGGUGCUAAAUUAUACGCUACAGAUGAGAGAUUUUGUAUCGACAAUGGACUAAUGAUUGCUAAAGCAGGUAUGGAAAUGUUCAAAUCUGGAUGGAAAAUGAAAUGGGAAGACAGUGGUAUAACACAAAGAUAUAGAACUGAUGAGGUGGAAGUGACUUGGAGAUGUGAUUGAUAUAUUUAUGGUCCAAUAAAGCUUUUGAUUUCAUCACUAAUUUUAUUCUAUUACAAACAUGCAUUUUCAGCAUGAGCAUCUGGAUUUGUUUCAUUUUUAUAAAAUAAGCUAUAAACAGUUCUGCCUUAAUAUUUAUGUACCAAUAAAGAGAAAAAUCAUUGGUGAGGUCCACAAUUAUAAUUAUUAUCUACAUUACAGAAUUGAGUAAACUAUAAACUCUU